CCCUGAAACAAAAUUGUUUUUUCUUUUCUGUUUCUUUAUUAUUAUUUUUUUUUUUAUUAUUUAAACAAUAUAGAAAAUUAAAAAAUUUUACAUUAAUUUUGAAUUAUGCUUUUCUAAAAUAUGAUAGAUUUUGAAACAGUAUAUUUAAACGAAAUUUCACAUACUGUAUAAAAAAUAUAUAGGAGAUGUUUUAUCAAAAAAGAUUUCUAGGUUAUAUGGAUAAUGUCUCCCUUCCCAGUUAAGACGAUCUAUUUCUCCGUCGGUCGACAGAUUCUUCGCUAGGACGGUAAAGACAUAGAGUUGUACAGCAUUUACAAUCAAAGAGUAAAGAACAUAGUUUCCGGUCGUAGGUUGCGGCACCUGCACUCACCUGCCCUUUUCCAUCCUUCUCCCAUUGCCGGUACAUGCAAGAAUCUGGUGUAUCCCCUUUUUUUACCUACUCGUGGUAACGUUACGAUCUCACCGCGUAUCACAUGCAUACAUACAAACACAUUUCCCUCUCUCCUUCGCUAUUUCCUUUUCUCUCGCUACUAUGCUGCAAUCUCUUUGAGAGUUUCACCUCUAUAACUUUACUUCCAACGCUACAAUUCCCCUCUCUACUAGCUUCUCUACCUCGAUGCUCUACUCUCUCAACCCCACCUUGUUUUCAAACUCCUCGUCGAAUCGUAAGCAAGUCUUGCUCCUCUCUCAACGGGCAAGAAUUCAUUCAUGCCACACACACAGUGGUUCUCUAAGUGGAGAUGGAGCGAAUUUAUUAAAACGUUAUAAUGAAUUGUCGCCAACAUAGGAAAACAAAUCUUCAAAGGUAAAAAUAACAUAGAACUCAGGUCUUAAACACGCAUGUAUUAUUUAUGAGUUAAAAGAUUGCAUAUGAAAUCGCAGUAAUUAAACGUAAAGGAAAAAGAUCACAGAUUAGAGAUCACAGAUUUAGCCUUUUUUUAACGAGGUUAUCUAUCGUACAUCUAUCGUUAUUCCGAGUUCUUUUCUCGCAUAUUUACACGUUUAAAUUUACACUUUAUACAUAGAUGCAUCAAAGGAAAAGAAAGAAAAGUUAAAAUGAGAAAAAGUUCGUAGCAAGCAAAUAGAAACGGAAAGGAAUGAACGAAUGAAUUAUUAAAUAUAUAUAAAUCGUGAAAUAAUCUUAUUUUACUCGCUUUGACUUAUAUAUAUUCCGUUCUAUUCUUCGAUCUGACGCGACGAGAUAAAAUCAGAUAGAAUCGGGAUCUUAUCUCUUUUCCUAUUCGUUUUUAUAAAUAAAGGAGAGUAAGAGUACAGCAAUGCAGGUAGACAGAGGGAACAAAUGAGAGAAGAGUGAAGAACUGUAAAGGAAAAGAGAAAAAGUAUGAGUGAAUGGAUCGCGGCCUCAAUCAAUGAAACAGCGAUCCUCAAACUCACGAUCGCUCUUUGGAAAAUCUUAUAUGAUUUGGGGCCGUAUAUUUUGUAACUUUAAACGUUGAUUUUAAUUAGAGCGAUAAAAUAACGAUGAAAUUUAAGAUAUUUAAGAGGUUAAAGAGAGAUCAAAAAAUUUAAUAACCAACAUUUUUAACAUUAUACAUUAACUAUCAAUAUAUUUUAUAUAUACAUAUACAUAUAAAUAUAUAUAUUGUUUAUUCUUUCAAAUGCGUAAAUAUUUUGCAAAUACAAGUAAUUUUUAUUAUUACCGUCGCGUAAUUAGAUUUAUUGCCUCUAUGUUACACAACUGGCCGCUUAUAAUAGAGUGGCAGCACGCAACAAUCGUUCGUACACGACGGUAAUUUGAACGAGCGACUAUGGCGACUGGAUACGAAUCUGCUAUUGGAAUAUAUAUUAUAAUUGUCGAUCAUCUUUGAACGUUCGACUUUGAACGAAUACUCGAAAUGAAAAAAAUACAUCCAAAGUGUGCAGCACGGUCCAUUUUGACAGUUUAACCCAACCAAGUUUAAUUCGAUUCGACGGUAAUAUCUUUUCGAAUACAAACCCGUGAGAUGAUCUUGAGAACCGCGUCGACCAACCACCACCCACACGUUUUUACGCGCUACGUAGUGGACUGUGCCGAUUACUUAUGUGUUUCGCGUUGUCCCUAUCCCGAGAUAUUUCCAAGUAUGCUUGGUAAAUGUUACACGUGACACGGGCCUCUUUUCCUAUUCUUGUAUUAGCAUCGUGUUUCUGCGUUCCAUACAAACGAGAACAGCAAGUUAAUUCCAUCGUGGUAUUGUAACGCGUUCGAGAGUAAAAAUUCUCGAGGGAAGAAUAAACACCGUUUUUUCUUUUGCACGGUAAAAAUUACUAAAUCGCGAAGAGGACGAGGAGCUGUACAGACAGAUAUAAAGGCGAGUUGAGCUAUUAAAAAAUAAACGAAGGCGGAAGCAAAGGGACAAAAGGAUAAAAGAAAGGAUAAAGGAGAGGAGAUAAAAGUUGACGAAAAAAAGCAAGAGGAAGUAUGAGCAGGGGGGAAAGAAAGGCGAAUAGGAUAAAGGAGGACGAAGAAUAAACCUGAGAGAGAGAUGGCAAAGCAGAGCAAGAAAAGUCUAAGUAACGAGUGUGGCUUGGACUCGGUGGUUGCAUCCGAAGGAGAAGGAUGGAAGAAAAGAAGAGAGUCGAAGUGGAGUGGAGUGGAGUAGAUUGGAAUGGAAUAGAGUGAUGCGGUGUGGUAUGGUGUGGUGUGGUGGAGUGGAAUGGAGCGAAGAGCACGGGGUGGAGUGGAGUGGAGUGGAGUGGAGUGGAGUGGAGUGGAGUGGAGUAGAGUGUAGUAGAGUGGAGUGGAGAGUAGAAUGGAGUGGGGUGGAGUGGGGUAGUAUGGAACGGAGUGGAAUGGAGUGGAGUAAAGUGGAAUGGAGUGGAAAAAGAAGAGCAGAGAAGGGAGACUCAUUCAUGUUUUGCCUCUAGCUGUUAGAAGUUCAGUCGAACGAAUAGUAUAGGCACGACGCACCGCGAAUGUUGCGAGUCGUUUAACCUCGGACUAAAUCGAAUCGUGUUGCAAAACAUUAAUCGUAAGACCGUUCGAACGUAGGAUGCUGAGUACGUAGGACGUAUGAUAAAGAAGAUAGAACGCGGAGAACGCAAGGACACGAGAAAUAGCGUGAGGUAUAUCGUGCAUUAACGAUCGUGUACACUGAGAGCUGUGACUGUUUCGAGAGCGUGUGCAGCAACAGCCACGUUGCUGUUGUUUCACUGUCGGUGAAUGUGUUUUCUGUCACUGAACGCGAUAAGGGGAUUGAAACACUGGAAAAUUCGAUUUUACGCACGGAGAGAAGAUCGAAUCAAUUUUAAUUACUGUUCAGUUUCGUUCGAUGGAUAAGCAGAGAGGAUGGUUAAGAAAAAAAAUAGUUUUCGAAAAUUGAUAUUUCUCUUUCGAUCGACUAACGCUCUUUUGAACUGAAAGAUAUUCUAUUAUGCUCAGCGACGCAACAAUUUGUGCGAGGAACAAUUAUGGGAAAAUGAUUAGUAACGUUUACGUAUCUCUGUUAAACUAUUAUUAACAGCUGUAGAAAUACAAUAUCUCGAGUCGAGUUCAUUGAAACGGUAUAUUAUAAGAAAUCGAGAUCGAUUUCAAUAUAUUAUGCGUCGAUGAAAAAUGGAAAAUAAAUGGUUACAAUGAAUCGUGAUAUAUUUAUGUGCAAAUGUAUCCUAUUGACGAUAUUAUUUUGACUUUUCACCUUUCAUUUUCUUCGAAAAUUGGCGACCACAUUGUUUACAUAGCGAUAGAGGCAUUCGUUCGAUGAUCGGUGAUCGCAACGAUCACCGAUCAGUAAAAACUUACGUAUCGGAUAUAUUAUUUUGUUGGACGCGGAGAAGAGGAAAAAGGAAGGAAGAAAGAGGAAAGAGAAGGAAGGAAAAGGCCAGGAAGAAUCGCGCGUGCGCGAAAGAAUGGCCGAUUUGAUCUGUUUUUUGUUAGCAAUGUUCGGGCAAUUGCUCGUUCGUGAGAGCAAAGGUAGCCUCCUUGGCGUGGAACUCGACGAAACUGGACAAAAAUUUCUCAAUGAAUAUUUGUCUUUCGACGACGGGAAGUAUCUCGCAAAGUUGCAAGAGUUCGAAGACACAGCGAUUGAACUUGAUUUGAUCGAUCAGAAGAGAAAACAUCGACCAAUACAUCAACCGCCUAGAGUCCUUUAUCAAAUCGGGGACAGUGAAGAUGAACUGCCCGAAUGUUCGGACCGAAGUGAAGUUUGCAGCAAAGUGGAUUUAUACGGAUCACCUUGGGUCGAGAGGCAAUGCCGUUGUCCGGAUGGUCGUACUUGUCCCAGUAGUUUACACGGAGAUGACGGACAUACGAUAGUUGAUAAAACACGGCAGUACAAGCUUUGCGAGCCGGUGAAACGUCUACCCAUCUGUCGUUACUUCAAAGACGUCACAUGGACCUUAGCUCCUGGAGGGGGACCGGCUAAUGCAACGGUUCAGCGAGUUUAUUGCCGAUGCCGACCAGGCAGCGUACCUUAUCUAGUUCGAAGACAAGCCUAUAGGUCUUCCGAGGGAAACCCAGGAUUUAUUUAUGCAUUUGCGUGCUCUCCUCAAAGUAGAUUACGUUGUCAGCACAAAGAACCUUGUCGAUUGUUUACUGUACGAAAGAGACGGAGUUCGCAGCUUGAAGAGGUGAAUGCAUCGCCUCUUUGUCAGUGCCCAAAAGGUCAUCGAUGUCCAAGAAGGCACACCGAUCCAGGUUCACUUCCAGCAAGAUCCUAUUCCGGUGUAUUAGAGAUUAAAACGUAUAGUGGGUAUUGCGUACCUUCGCAAUCGCAUCAUUCCGAAGCGAUUUAUAACGUUUGAAUUUAAAAAAUUUAAAACGUAUCGCACUAUUAUAUGUACAUGAUCGUAUAAUGAAAUAAGAGAAAACAUCCAUUGUGAUAUUUGUGAUCGGCAUAUGCAUUGUUGAUUUAUGAAACUGUCAAAGCAUUUUUCAAACAAGAAGAACAAGAACAAGAACAAGAAAAAAAUCACGGAAAACGAUUAACUUCAAUUGAUCCCAACUUUUGUAUCAAACUUGGAUCUUUUUGAAUAAUUUCCGUUCAUUUUGAAUCUAUAAGUUUACCGUCCA